AAUCUAAGCGCUCUGUUGAAAAAUCAACUCAAGAAAUAACAAUUAGCGCAAGAAAUUCAUUUUUGAUGCCUUACAUUCAAUAGUUUUGAUACCGUACACAAAAAAAAAUCAGCUUCUUUUUAAAAUAAUUUUUAGCAAAAUUGUAACCUGACAUUAUUAUAUUUUAGUCGAUUUUAGUUUUUUUUCUAAAUAAAACAAACCAAAAUUAUGACAGCCAGUAUAACAAAAAGAGGUCUGCUAGCACCGCAAAAUACAUUCUUGGAUUCGUUGCUGAAGACGAUUUCAGCUGAGCAGACACAUUUCGUGGUGGCCAACGCGAGACUCGAACAUUACCCCAUCGUACUCGUGAGCGAUGCGUUCGCCAGCAUGUUCGGAUAUUCAAAGUCUGAAAUCAUGUUCGAGAGCGCUAAGUGCACGUUUAUGCGCGCCCCUCAAAGAGAAGAGGACCCGUUUGGGAUGGGGGAUUCAAUGGAAGGCAGUGGGAGCCAAGAUGACGAGCUGGAACAGCGACUGGAAUUCAUUUUCAAUUCCGAGAGUACGGAAAGUCUCGAAAUAGCCGUGCAAACCAAGGCGGGCAACACAAUCUGGGUGGACUUGUUCGUGAGUCCGAUCUAUGACCAAAAAGAGUCGGUGGCUUUCCAUCUGUGCUGGGCGAAGAAACUUUCCAGAAGCAGAUUCAAGGCCGACAACUUCAGCGCUCUCCCUAUGAAGGGCAUGGGUAAGUUUGCACGUCUGGCUAAAUCGGUGAGUCAGGCUCGGAAGGCGGUGGGGAAGAAACAGAACGAAGUGCACCCCACAGACAUGGACCUGUCGCAGUUGAGUGGGGCAGCGGGGGAGGGGGGAACUAACCCGGAUGCACCCCUUCCAAGAUACAUGCGGGAAAAACCGCAGAUACCGCCCUAUACCCUCUUACACACGUCCAGUUUCACCCAGACCUGGAACUGGACCAUCUUCAUCCUGACAGUGUACACAGCGCUGUCUGCCCCCUUUGAACUGGUGUUCGGGGAGGGGGGACAUUCCGGUCACAGUUGGUACAGCAGACUGAGCGAGGCUGUGAAUUUGUGUGUAGAUGCCGCAUUUAUUCUGGAUAUUUUUAUCAGUUUCAGAACUACAUAUGUCGACAAUGGUUUGGAGGUUGUGUCGAAUGGAAAGAAGAUCAGACGGAACUACCUGCGAGGCUGGUUUGCAGUCGACUUCGUCUCCUCUGUGCCCCUAGAGAUGAUAGACAUCGCCUACAAACAGGCCAGGCCGGGCGACAGCAACAUCAUCGCCAAACUGCGCAUUCUCAAGGUCAUCCGACUUCUGAGACUGUUCCGAGUGUUAAGGACUCUGGAUCACUACAUGGAAUACGCAGGUGGUCAACUGCUGAUGUUUCUGAGCAUCUUCAUCCUAGUUGCCCACUGGUUUGCCCUGGGCUACUUCGCCCUGGGCAGAAGUGAGCUGCACAGAGACUUCUGCUGGUUGAACAUGAUGGACGAGACAUUCAACAAGGAUCUCUACCGCUGCUGCGACGCCUCCGAAGACCCCAACAACCAGACUGUCAUUGACACUGGCACCAACCUUGAGCAGAUAUUUGUCGGCUACGUGAGCUCCCUCUACUUCACCAUCAGUAGCAUGACAACAAUUGGGUUCGGCAACAUCGCCGGCAACACUGAGAACGAGAAGCUAUUCUGCAUAGUACUCAUGUUCUGCGGAUCACUUCUGUACGCCAUGAUAUUCGGAAACAUCACCACUAUAUUCCAGCAGAUGAGUUCACAGACAACCCGCUACCAGAACACUCUUAAGAGCAUCAGGGACUUCAUGAAGAUUUAUAAUGUGCCUAAGGAUCUGUCGGAGCGAGUGUUGGAUUAUGUGAUAUCGACAUGGACUAUGAGCAAGGGUGUGGACACUGAACAAGUGCUGGACUACACCCCCAAAGACAUGCGGGCAGAUCUCUGCAUACAUCUCAAUAGACAGGUGUUGCACGAGCACCCUGCUUUCCGACUGGCGAGUGAGGGGUGUCUGCGUGCUCUGGCCAUCGCCUUCCAGAGACAGCACAAUGCCCCUGGAGACCUUCUGUUCCACACCGGCGAGAGCAUAGAGGACUUGUGCUUCAUUGCCAGUGGGUCCAUGGAAGUGUUGCAGGACGACGAAAUUGUCGCACUAGUCGGCAAAGGUGACGUCAUUGGAGAUGAGUUUUGGGAGGAGGAGUGGAUGGGUCAAUCUUGUUGCACGGUGCGUGCACUCACUUACACAGAUGUGCACAUGAUCUCACGCGAUGCACUCCUGCAGAUCCUCCAGUUCUACGACAGCUUUCGCACUUCGUUCACGCGCAACAUGAUACUUACUUACAACCUGCGCAAUUACUUCUCCUUUAAGAAGAUUGAAGACAUGCAAUUAGAAAACAAAGUCUCCGAUGCCAGAGAGCAGAAAGAGCGUUUGGAAGAUAUGAACAGCGAUCACCCAGUUCGCAAGAUCCUCAAAGGGCUCCGAGAACGAAUCGCCCGAGAAGUUUACGACAAGUCUUCGCCUGACGAUUUAGAAACUGAAGCGCCGAGAUCAAGUUUGGCCGACAUGGAUACUAUAUCCCAACUAGCUGAAAGCCCGAGAAAAUCAGAAGAUUGCGAACUCGGCGGGAGAUCUGCAAGACCGACAACAAGAUUUGCCGACGAUGCCGGAUUGGCUUCAGUGCCAAGCAUCUCGAUAGGCAACACGUCUCCUAAGAAAUCACUCUUGAUCAAAACUCUAACCAGAAGUGUCUCGAAUCUUUCGGCAUCUUCGGUUUUGAGUCUAUCCGAUGGUUCGAUUUGCUCGGAUGCCGGAACGACUUCGGGAGGCGAUACUGUCCGAAGUUCCAAACAUAUUUGGGAGAAAUUGAAGUCGUCCAGUGCCCGAAUGAAGGCGAACCCGGGUAGUGCCAGAAGCGAAUCGAAGUUUCCAGGAGCUGCUAGCGGAGGAAAUGGGACUAUAAGUCGGAGGGGGUUGAAUAAAGGAGCUUCAAAAAUGGACUCGUUUAAAGUAUUAAGUCCAAGUGUUUCGCGGGAUUCAGAACUGGAUAAGGAGAUGAUAGGAGAUCAAAAGCUAAACACUUUUGGGAGGGAGCGAAAAGUAGCAAAUGCCGCCCAUCACAACAACUUGGGAUUUAGUGGGGAUACUUACACCGUCCCCGAACACCUACGGGAGGCGGCCGAGAUGGACCACCCGAUUCUGAACGACAUGUUGCGACUGAGGAAAGAAUAUGCGGGCGACAUCAAACAGAUGGAACAGAGGAUUGAAACCGUCAACAGAUGUCUGUGGGAGGCUCUGAUCACGGCUGAGAACAGACAGAGACAGAUGCGGGAGCCAACGAAAACCAUCAACCGCCAGUCUCAAUUUCAGUCUCAAUCGGCCAAUAAUUCACCUAACAACGAGCAUUGAAUAGUCAUUCAAACCAAAACACAAAACUGCACAAUAUUUUUGCAAAAAAAAUUGCACAAACAUUUUUGCACAAAUAUUUUGCAAAUAUUGCACAAAUAUUUAUGCAAAAAAAAACAAGUGAAAAGCAAGA